AUGGACGCAGCUUGGACAAAGAGCGUCCACGAGGCGCUCACCCUUCUCCGGGUCGACCCCUCCAAGGGUCUCUCCGACGAUGAGGUAGAACAGCGACGCGAAAAGUACGGCUCCAACACGCUGCCCGAACAGCCUCCAACGCCGCUUUGGCAGCUCAUCCUCGACCAGUUCAAGGACCAGCUCGUGCUCAUCCUCCUCGCAUCGGCCGUUAUUUCCUUCGUACUCGCUCUUCUCGAGGAAGACACCACCCUCGGCGCGGCUCUCAUCGAACCAGGCGUCAUCUUCCUCAUCCUUGUCGCCAACGCCACCGUCGGUGUCGUCCAGGAGCGCAAUGCCGACAAGGCCAUCGAUGCGCUCAAGGAGUACAGCCCGGAUACCGCCAACGUCAUUCGUGAGGGCACCACCGAAAAGGUGCGCUCCGAAGACCUCGUCCCUGGUGAUGUUCUCAUCCUCACAGUCGGUGACAAGAUCCCUGCCGACUGCCGAAUCAUCGCUAUCAAUUCGUCUUCUUUCCGUGUAGACCAGGCUAUCCUCACCGGAGAGUCUCUCUCGGUCAACAAGUCGCUCGAACCCGUCAAGGACACCAACGCCGUCAAGCAGGACCAGACCAACAUCCUCUUCUCGGGCACCACCGUCGCCAAUGGCACUGCCAUCGCUGUUGUGGCUCAGACCGGUACACGCACUGCCAUCGGUGACAUCCACGCCGAGAUCUCCAAGGACGACGAUGACAAGACACCGCUUAAGCAGAAGCUCGAUGACUUUGGUGAGCUCCUCGCCAAGGUCAUCACCGUCAUUUGCAUCCUCGUCUGGAUCGUCAACUUCCGUCACUUCAACGACCCUUCGCAUCACGGCUGGGUCCGAGGUGCCAUGUACUACUUCAAGAUUGCCGUCGCUCUCGCUGUCGCUGCCAUUCCUGAAGGUCUCGCUGCCGUCAUCACCGCCUGUCUCGCCCUGGGCACCAAGAAGAUGGCUAAGAAGAACGCCAUCGUCCGUCACCUCCCCUCCGUAGAGACCCUCGGUUCUACCAACGUCAUCUGCUCCGACAAGACCGGCACCCUGACCACCAACCAGAUGAGCGUUACACACUUCUCUGUCUUUGACGCUCAAGGAUCUAUCGCCGAUUACUCGGUCUCUGGUAGCACCUUUGCGCCCAUCGGUGAGAUCACCGAUUCGCAAGGCAAGAAGGUCUCCCAACUCAACCAGCCUCGCACCGCCUUCCACGCGCUCGCCGAGGCUUGCUCCGUCUGUAACGAUUCGCACGUCCACCUCGAUGACCACAACAACUACACCAUCGUCGGCCAACCCACCGAGGCUGCGCUCAAGGUGCUCGUCGAGAAGCUCGGCCACCACGAUGCUGCUGUCAACCAGACCGUUUCCCAGCUCGAUGCUGCCGAGCGCGCCAGUGCCAUCAGCAACGAGUACGGCAAGGCGCACCCCAGGCUGUUGACCUUCGAGUUCAGUCGCGACCGCAAGAGCAUGUCGACUUUGAUUCAACGUUCCUCGGCUACCGGUUGCCUGCUCGUCAAGGGUGCCCCUGAGACCGUCGUCGAGCGCUGCGAUACCGUGCUUCAGGGCAAGAAGUCGGUCGCGCUCGACUCGGCUCUUCGCGCUCAGAUUGGGGACAGGGUGCUCGAGUACGGUCGUCUCGGUCUGCGUACGCUCGCCAUCGCCGUCAAGGAGGAUGUGCCGCUCGACGUCGAGUCGUACCGCAGCAGCAGUCCUAGCGAGUAUGAGAAGUUCGAGCAGCGCAUGACGCUCAUCGGUCUGGUCGGCAUGCUGGAUCCCCCUCGCCCGGAGGUUCGACACGCCAUCGAGCGAUGCAGGCAGGCCGGCAUCCGUGUCAUCGUCAUCACGGGCGACAACAAGAACACCGCCGAGACCAUCUGCCGCCAGAUCGGCGUCUUUGGCGCCAACGAGGAUCUCCAAGGCAAGUCGUUCACCGGCCGCGAGUUCGAUGCGCUCACGACGAGGCAGCAGAAGCUGGACGCCGUCAGCGUUGCUUCGUUGUUCUCGCGCGUCGAGCCGUCGCACAAGUCGCAGUUGGUGGAUCUGCUCCAGAGCCAAGGAUUGGUGGUUGCCAUGACGGGCGACGGUGUCAAUGAUGCACCUGCGCUCAAGAAGGCGGAUAUCGGCAUUGCCAUGGGUUCCGGCACGGACGUCGCCAAGCUCGCCGCCGACAUGGUUUUGGCGGACGACAACUUUGCCACCAUCGAAGCCGCCGUUCAGGAAGGCAGGUCGAUCUUUAACAACAUGCAGAGCUUCAUCCGCUACCUCAUUUCGUCGAACAUUGGCGAGGUCGUUUCGAUCUUCCUCACGGUGCUGUUGGGUUUGCCGGAGGCGUUGAUCCCUGUGCAGCUGUUGUGGGUCAACUUGGUCACUGAUGGUCUACCGGCAACUGCGCUGGGCUUCAACCCGCCGAGCACGACGAUCAUGCGCGAGAAGCCACGCAGUCGCAACGACCCGCUCAUUUCGGGCUGGAUCUUCACUCGCUAUCUGCUGGUCGGCGCCUUCGUGGGUGCUGCUACGAUCUUUGGCUAUGCGUGGUGGUUCCUCUUUGCCAGCACAGGUCCGCAGAUCAGCUAUGCGCAGUUGUCGCACUUUCACCAAUGCCCAUUGCCGUCGGCACAGGCUCCCGGGGGACUUUUUGCCGGUGUCGACUGCUCCAUCUUCACCUCGUACCGUCAGCCGUCGACGAUCGCCCUGUCGGUGCUGGUGGUGGUGGAGAUGUUCAACGCGCUCAAUGCGAUCUCCGAAACGGACAGCCUAUUGACCUUUGGACCCUGGAAGAACCCUCUGUUGAUCGGCGCGAUCGCGCUUAGUCUUGGACUUCAUUAUGCGAUCUGCACCGUCGACUUCCUGCAGGACUGGUUCCAGGUGACCCGUUUGACCAGGGAGGAGGUCGAGGCGGUGAUCUGGAUCAGUGCGCCCGUGGUGUUGAUCGAGGAGGUGUGCAAGUUGGUUACUCGGGUGUUCUUCUUGAACAAGGCGCCUAAGGCGGUCGAGGCGAAUGGGAAGAAGGAUCUGUAG